UAGCAGCGGGCGGUAGCUGGUCUGCGCUGUGAGCAGAGCUGCAGAGCUAGCUAGUGCAGUAAGUAACUACGGCCAGGUACGCUAACGUCCUGCCUCUGUGAAAACAGCCAACGCGGCCUUUACGAGUGCUGGAUUAAAAGUAGCUACAUUUUUUAUCAAACCCGCAGUCAUGGCGGCUGAGGCUGACAAGGUAGAGCCUGCGGAUAGCGAGCAAGAAGAGGAAGUCGAAGAUGUGUACGAAGUGGAGAGGAUCAUUGACAUGCGGGUGGAAGAGGGUGAAGUGCUCUACAGAGUCCGUUGGAAGAAUUACUGCUCGGAUGAUGACACUUGGGAGCCAGAGGCCCAUUUAGAGGACUGUCGCGAGGUCCUCUUAGCUUUUAAGAAGUCCAUGGCUGAGGUCAAGGCCAAGAAAGAGGCAGAAGCCAAGAAGAUUGUGAAACCGCUGCCUGCAAAGAGUGACGUGUUUGAUGCCGACUCCGAGAGUGAAAGUGAGGGCAAAGACCAUCCAACUGAGGAGGCCAUCAAGAAAAAGAAAAAGACAAAGGUCCGGGAAAAAGAGGAGGAACCACCUCCAAAAGAGAAAAAGAAGAAGAAGAAAGAUAGACGGAAGGAGGAGUUCAGGCCUCUACCGGCACCCGAGACAGAUGACGAAGACGAAGAAGAAGAGGAGAAAGCCCAGACUCCACCCUCUCCUCUCAAGGAGAAGAAGACUGAUUCAAAAAAACGUUUGGUUGACUCUGAAGGGGGGGGGAAGAGGGGGGCUUCCCUCAAAAACACAAAGAAGGAAAGAAGGAAAAAAAAGAAGGGAAACUCUGAAGAGAAAAAAAAAAAAAAAAAAAAAAAAGGAAAAAAAACAGAGGCCGCUGCACCACUAGAAGACGACCUGAGCUUGUCAGAGUCCCCAAUGGACGAUGCUGCAUCAACGGAUACUGCGGCAAAGUCAGCCGAAAAAGCCCGCGUGGACGACAAAGGCAAACAAAAGAAAGGGAAGUUGGAAGUAAAGCUGCAGGGCAUUAAGGACCUCAUCCAUGACAAAAAGAGCAAAAAGCCAGAUGCCACCCAGAAAGAAAGCAGCCUCCAGAAAUUAAAGAACCUCACCUCUAAAGUCAAAGAGGACGCUGCCUUACACUCAGACUCCAGUGAUAGCUCCACCCUACAUAAGAAGGCCAAGAGCAAAGGGCAGGAGAGCACGCCAGCACCACCCAAAGUCCCGUCUUCCUCCACAUCCUCUUCGUCCUCCUCGUCCUCCGUCACAGCAGCUAGCAGCACCAAGCUGAAGGAGGAUGAGGUGGCUAAAGAGGAGGUACUGGGACAGAAAGAUGCCACAGGCUCCACUAAUCUGUUUGAAAAGUUCUUGUUGAACUGCGAGGCUAAGGACCGGGCCCCCCGCAGGCCGCCAGUGCAUCAGCCCGCCGCAGAGAAGAUCAGCAGCAAACCCACAAAGCUAAUAGGAAAGAUUGAGAAGAUCCCCAAGACAACCAAAGAGUCUCCAGCUCAGAAACCAGAACCUGAGAAGAUGGAAAAGACCAAGCAAUCAGAUGUCUCCAGACCCGGCCAGAGUUACGGCUUCAGCCUGGACAGUGACGAGAGGGAGGCAGAAGAGUCUACGGCAAUGCAGAAGCCGGGAGAGGAUUCCCGGGAGAGGAAGGAGAGGCCAGAGGAGGCGCAGCGGCCCGGCUGGGAGAGGAAGACCCCAACAGAGGACAGGAGGAAGAGGAGAGAGGACAGUGAGCCAAGACUCUUCAUGGCAUGUGAUGAUGGUCAGGACACCCAGGACCCACCAGAGGGCGCUGACAAAUCUGACAAAGGCCAAGCCACUUUGAGUCUAGGAAUGGACCUCAACCUGGACUGGAUGACUCUGGACGACUUCCAGAAACAUCUGAACGGGGAAGAUGAGAUCCUGUCAGGUCCACCGUUAUCACCCAGUGAGUUGCGGGAUGCUGUGAAAAGUGGAGAUUACAUGGCUGUAAAAUUGGCACUUAAUUCCAAAGAGGACUACAAUCUGGACCAAGAGGAUGUCAGCGGUAUGUCCCUGAGCAUGCUGGCAGCAGCGGGGGGGCAGGACGACAUUCUCAGGUUGCUGAUAAAGAAGGGGGUGAGGGUGAAUGGACGACAGAAGAACGGCACCACAGCGCUGAUGCACGCUGCUGAAAAGUCCGGUUCUUCACUUCAGGCAUGCAAAAGAGGGAACGCUGACGUAGUGCGCCUCCUGCUGGAGUAUGGAGCUGACUGCAACAUUGUGUCCAAAAACAAGACCGCGGCCAUGUACUUUGCCAAGCUCGGCAACAACCUGAUGGUGUGCGACCUCAUCAAGGACCACAUCAGCAUACUGUCCAGUGUGGCGGAGGACUGCAUCCGAGCGUACUUUGAGUCUCGUCUGGUGCUGCUGGAGCCCGUCUUCCCUCUUGCCUGCCACCGGCUUUGUGAGGGACCAGACUUCUCCCUGGAGUUUGGCUUCAAGUCACAGCCACAACCAGAGGGUUCGGGCAUCCUUCUCUUCAUCUUCCACGCCAACUUCCAGAAUGAAAUCACAGCCAGGCUCUGCGGACCCUGCAGCGUUCACGCCGUGGUGCUCAACGACAAGUUCCAGCUGCCCAUCUUCCUGGAUAGUCACUUCAUCUACUCCUUCAGUCCGGUUCCAGGCAUCAACCGACUCUUCAUACGUCUAGCAGAGGCACCAACAGCCAAGGUCAAGCUCCUAAUCUGUGCAUACAGAGUCCAGCUGCAAUGAACACGUCACUGGUCACGCCAAGCCAAAUUCUCAAAUUGAUGACAUCUGAGUCCUGUCCACACCACUGCUCUGCGUCGGCGUACAUGUGGAGCGCAAAUCAGAUCUCAACAUUGUUGAUUAAACCUCGAGCAGCCCGUCCAUUCGCUGGUUAAACCAUCGCUACGCAGCUUCCAGGUGUAAGGAGGCUGUCCGAAAACUCCCUCCUCUUUCUCUGGAGUAACUUUCAAAACUUGAAACCCUUCUGGGUCGUGCCUUUCUCUGAGUUCCACCUUCCGCCAGCGUGGAUAUGAUAGAUGCGUGUGUUGUCUGUAGACCUAGCUAGGUUGUACGUGUGUGUGUAGAUUAACAAAGUUUUUGGGUGCAUUCAAAGAACAUAAAGAGGGGAUUUUCCAUCACUUUUAUUUCUCUGUUUAGCAUUUUUCUUGGACCAAGCUAAUGCUCUUGUUACUUUAUUACUUAUUUCAGUGUAUUAACCUGUGUACCAGUGUUGCCCCCCAGAGGAUUUUAUGAUCUGUUUUGGAUGUUUAAAUCUGGCACUGCUCCUCUGACAAGAAUUAUGUAUAUUUCUACACCCAAACAAGGUUUACAUUUUUUGUCCUAUUUGCAUGCCAACCUAGAUUGUAACAUCUUUCUGUUUCACAAAAUCGGCGACCAGUUUGUCGUCAGCGGAGUUACUCACUUUAGAGAAGAGAGGUAGAAGUUCAAACACCAACUCUCGUGGGCCACAGACACACACAUCCCCCUCUGCUGCUCCGGUGUCUUCUUUAAAACACUUUUCAACAAGUCAAUACACCAGAAUGAGGUGAUUGAAAAGAAAGAUGUUGCACAUUUUAAUGAAUUCCAUACACUGAGUUGCUGUUUAUAUUUUCUGGACUGCACAUAUUCAUAUAUAUAUAUAUAUAUAUAUAUACGGUUUUAUAGCGUCAUCUGAUGACUGAUAAUGUUUUUGUUGCUUUUUCGUGCCACUGUAGGAGUGGGUUAAGUUAUUUAGUGUGUACAGUCAAAAGCUCUGAUGUUUUAAGGGCUAAAACCUUACCAUCAACCGCCCUGCUAAAAAAAGGUUAGGGUUUUUUAAAUUGAAAAGCUUAUUACCUACUGAUGGCUGCAGAAUUCAGACAUUUUUGCACAGAUACUACCGAGCCUGUCGAUCCCAGGCUGCCAAUCAAAACUGAAUGAACGCUUCUCCUCACUCUCUGACAAUCUUUUAGUUCCAAAUUUUUAACCCAAAUGUUGUGGGAACACGCCUUGAUUUUAACUGUGUUAUAUCGCCUAUGAACAUAACUCAGGACAGCAACGUGUCUUCAAACAAUUCUGUUGAAAUGUUUCUCCAUUGUCCGUUUGCAGUGUUUAAUGAACUGCUGUUUUUGUCAGAAACUCUAAAUUGAUGAGGCCUCUCCAUGCUGUCUAAAUAGCCACAGUUUUCAUUGUGUUUUUUGUUGUCAAAAUUAAAAGUGGAG